AUGACUCGAAACACCGGAAAUCCUAUGGAAGCAUUAAUUCAAGAAAUCAGUAAUGACCAGUGUAAACGAGGGAAGGUUAAGGUUAAAAAGGUGUACCUAAACGAGGAUCCUUCCAAGGAGGAAACGGUCCAAUGCCCACGUUGUUUGCGGGGUAAUCAACAAUACAUGGUUCGCUAUAUGUACAUCAACCUCAAUGAAGCUAUUUACAAAUGUGAGGCUCCGAACUGUAUGUACCCGUUCAGGAAUUUCAAGUUCAAAAACUACGACGACAACACCGUGUAUCAGUACGAAGAGUUGCCGGACCACAAUCACCUGGACCUUGAUCUGCUGUGCUCGGACUUUACUCCAUGCAGCGUCUCCGAUUCUUAUGGCCGCGUUCCAGAGCAAUCCCUCGAUCAUUUCGGUCCAGUCGACUUCAAUCUCGAUUUCCCAUCGACCGAACCAGUUGCCCAGCAUCCAUUCGCAAACGCUUCCAAAUCUUUGCUAACCGAGCCCAAAAGCCAGGAUUUGGCAAACAAAUUCGAUGUCGGUCUAAUCGAUGAUAUCCUUCAGGACUUGUGGCCUUCAAAGUCCACCUCUACCCCACCACUAUCUAGCACAACAGUAUUGAUGCCAAAUAGGGAGAAGCAGCCCUCGGAAGAACCAAAAAGCACAACGAAGCCAAAUCAACCGACAUCCGGCCGAAAGCUGGAAAAAUGUUUGAAAGCAGUCCAGCAAACAAAUAAAAGCCUUCAAGAUGUUAUCUUUAAGGUGCCAACGCAAACGGAGGAAUCGCGUAAACGGGCGGUACACGUUGUAGAAUCCAUCACACCGACCAAGCUGCGAAUUAAGAAAGUUUCUGCACGCAAGCGAAGAAAGAUAAGUCCGCUUGCGAAAAGCAAGCCUUCCGAAAAGCCGUACAACCCGACCAUGGAAAUGGCCAGCGAUGCAAACAAACUUGUUCAAACGAAAGCUAUCACGCCGGUCGAAUUUUUAAACCAACUCAACACCCUGUCGAGGCCACCACCGCCCAGCAGCGUCUGUUCGGACAAGGCACAGCGGAUGCUCAGCUUCAUACAACGAAGCUUACAUAAUCGGCCACGGGAUGAUAGCGUGCCACACCAGUCGGUCGCGCAGGCCCCGCUGGUUACGAAUGAAUUGCAAUCGAUCGGCACACCAACCGUGUCGGAUGGUACGAUACAAAAUCAAUCCUUGCCGCCCAACGUACCCAUCUCCGGCACGGGAAAGCCAUCAACGUCGAAAGAUCUUGCUGCAAGCGCCAGUGUGGCCGAUGAGCUACCGCCUACACCUACAAUAGAAAAACCAGUCAUAGAGAUAAAAACGUGCGGAUCCGUGACUAACGGUGGAAUGGAACUGCUUAUACGCUUGUUAGAAUGA